CUCAUAGAAGGAAACAUCGACUGUUUCUUGGAUAGGAUGUGCGACGUUGGUGAACCCUAUCGGGGGAAUCAUGCUGCCAUUGGAGAAAUCUCCAAAGAUAAUAACAGAAAUCAUCCUCUCUCGCGGGCACGACGCUGAUCUCCCUAUUUAUGUUUGACGGCGGGCAAACGACUACGGUCGACACAGGUGAUGAAUGACGGUGAGGGGGUGAGUGAACCACGACAUCCUGGUAUGAGGCUAAAUCUUCCUCGUCUCUCUCUCCCUCAUCCUUCCUGUCGCAGAAGCUGAAUUCUUCCUUCUCCAUCGCUUAUAAGAUUUCCUCUUUGAAACCCUAAAUCGAAUUCUGGAUGUCUUUUAGUUUGGCCAUGAAAAGGUGGAUUGUAGUCCUGAAGCAAUAUAAUCUCCACUAGACUACUAACAAAGUAGUGUUUAGGAAGGAUUUGAAUCCACUUACUUCUUUUUCUAGUCCUUCCGUUCAUGGAAAGAUGGCUUCCACCGCUGCUAACCCAUGGUUGAUGCCUAAACUAAAAUAACGAAGACUUGGAAGGCUCAAAUCAUAAAGGCAGAGAACCUCCCAACGCAGCAAUUCAUCAUCGGAUCAUCCAUGCUUCUAGUCAAACAUAUUACUGAAGGAAGAGCAACCCAAUUUGAAGUAUGUUCACAAGAUUUAUCAAAGGGAUAAAUAUGAGCGAGAUGAUUUUUGUUUCGAAUAGAGGAUGUAAAUUAAAUAUAUAUUGAAUUGAACCUUAAAUAUUAGAUGCCUUCAAAUUGUGCUUCUGCUUUGUGCUUCAAAUCUUUCGAUUUAGAAUCUUCGUUUUUCCACUUCUUUUUCACAUUUCUUUAAAUGCACUCUUAAUCGUCUUGCACUUGUAUUUUCAGAUAUAUUUAUUUUUAAAUUGGGGUCUCAAUACUUCAUAUAUAUUUUCUAAUAUUUUUUCCAGGGCAAAUUAUGUCUAAUUGUCAAUAAAAUUUAGAUGUAGCGAUGUUAUGGAAACUUAUGCUCGUGUACACUAUACAUAAUGGAUGAUUCAACUUUAGGAUGUGGAAAUUGAUUGAUAUUGGCAUAUAAAAAACUAUAUAGUAGUAUUGAAGCAUAUGAUAUUUCUGUCCUGCUAAAUCUUUUCAUGAUGAUAUGCUAUUUAUUCUGAUAUGCUUUGGAGCACCUAUAGUCCAUGCAUAAUCUGGUCAUUAAUCAUAGGACCACUGGCAUCCUGUCAUGGACAAAGAAUGUAAUUGUUUUUUUGGUUAUCCUACCUGCUCAUGUCUACACAUACAAGGACUAGAUAUGCUACUUCAAUUUUUUCUUCAAUUUCUAUUUUCAACAUGUCUUAAAGGUUUUGUUAAGCAUGAUGGAAUAGUGUGAGCAGUGCAAUCAAACAUCAGCAUGCACUUGAGUCAUAGAGAUCUUACAACUUGAUGAGGAUAAAGUACCAAGUUCUAUUGCAAAAGUGAUAACUGCCUACCAACAUAUUUUUAUUUAUUAUAUGAAUUGAUCAAAAUCUUAGUUGGAUAUAUCAACCUUCACUAGGGAGGAAGAAUUAAAGCAUGUAUUUUGGUUCUUCAUUCUAAAAUGUGUGUGUGUGUGUGUGUGUGUGUGUGUAUAUAUAUAUAUAUAUAUAUAUAUAUAUAUAUAAGGGAUUCGAAAUUUUACUUCUUUCUUUAUGGUCUUGUGGGUUUUUGAAAUAUUUUUUCUUGAUGCAUAUUCAGGUUUCCUUGAAUUUCUCUACUAGUCAUCUGAUAUGCAAGUUUCUUUGAUUGCAGUACAUAGAAGAAAAUGGUUCCUACAUCCAUUUUGAGUACAUCAUAAGGCUGGUUCAUUGCUUACCUUCUCUUUUUAUGUCUUUGUACAAUCCAUCACAUACAUUCUCGUUUAAUAUUUUCUGUAUUUUUUCUUAAAUUUAGUGAAUUUGUUCACGGAUGAUGUUAUUUCUCUUUUGGAUGGGGAUAAGGCCAAAUGCAAGUAAUUUUGAUCAGUGUUUAAAAGAAUAGUAUGUAAUAUUGUCAACACAGUUGUUUCUUCCAAAAGAGUUGCUUGUUUUGUCUUUAAAGUCUUUCAGGUUGAAUAAUGAGAUUUUUUUUGUUGACAAGUUGAUUCGCCUUGCUUGUAUAUCUUAGAUACAUGUAGGUCUUCGGAAGAAGAUCUUGGAAAUUGUUGAGGUAGAAAUAUUGAUUCACUUGAUUGAUACCUGCAUUUCUGCAUAUGCCUGGAGUGAAAUAAUGGACCACUUUAAUGUAUAGUUAGUUCUUAGCUAUUUUCUGAAUUGUGAACUGCAAACUAUAGCGAGUCUUAAUCUGUUGGGGCAAGGUGUAUUUUCUACUGGAUAUGAUGGUCAAGAAGAAGACAGAUGAAGCAAUCAUUUUUGUUGUUAGCUGCCAGCCUAAGAGCCUUGAACAUGGGGGUACUCUGGUUGAUCAAGAAGUUGAAAUUUCAUAAAAAAUACCAGACAAUUCUUUGAUGUUGAAAUCUAUUUUAUGCAAUCCGGAUUUAAGAAAAUAUUGUGAUUUUGAUGAAGUUAUAGAAGCUUGAUUCACUACUUCAUUUUAUCCUCAUCAUCCUCUCUUGUCGUUAUACUUGUCACCUGUUUCAUUAUAUUAUAAAAAAUAUAUUUAUAAUGCCAUCUAAAUAUAUUAUAAUUUUAAUAUGUAUGUUUUUUUUAUUUACCUUUUUAAUGUAAAUAUUAAAAACAGAUUCGAUUAGUUGAUCACCAUCGAGUAACCCAAGACUUAUGUGAUGUUCGAUCGUGUUAUCAUGACUAUGAUGUUGAGUUUGUGGAGCUUUUGUGCUUUUAUUCUUUGCAGGUCAUAUAAUUUUGCUUGUAUUUGAUGGCGAGCUUUGGUGCAAAAGUAAGAGCAUGUCCUUUUUGCUUUAACAAGAAAGGAAUAACGCUAAUGUGUGGGCUGCAGUUCACAACAAUGGAGAGCCAUGGGAUCUUCCAAUAGCAGCAAGUUUAUGAGAUACCACGUGAAUAACGCUAGGGAUACGACUGAGAGAACGAACGUUCAAACCUCUAUUGCGACGGGCAAGAAUUUGUCUACGCUUGCCAUGUUAAUGUCAACUUUUCUGCAGCAUUUUCUUUUCCACAUUAAUCAUAGUAAAAAAACGUGUUCCUCGUGUGACUUAGUAAUUCCAGUAACACGUUUUGUGCUCAUGCUGACGUACUUCUUCUGAUCAUACAAUACAUGGGAGGAAGAAGAGUGACCCCAUGUCCGACUGGCUGAAGCCGACGGUAUAUCAAUUGUGGCGGUAAGUGCUGCACCACAACACGAGAAAUCACGGUCUAUAUAUAUGUUUUGGCCCUGUGGCUUGGAGCUCAGCGGCUGCCAAGCACGAGAAGCUCUUAAAAGACAGAGAUAAGAAGAUGGUCAUCAAGGUAGAGCAAGCCCUUCACAUGGUUGGAGGAGCCGGAGAAACCAGCUAUGCCACUAAUUCCAGACUUCAAGAGAAAGCGCUUUAUAGAACAAAGCCCAUAUUGGAGACCGCCAUAGCUGAGCUGUACCAGACGCUGCUCCCUGAGAGGAUGGUCGUCAUCGACCUCGGUUGUUCGUCGGGUCCGAACACCUUUCUUGUGGUCUCUGAGGUGCUUGGCAUCGUCGGUGACCUAUGUCGAAGGCUGGAACAGAAGCCACCGGAGAUCCAGUUCUUCUUGAACGACCUCCCGGGAAAUGACUUCAAUAAUGUCUUCCGGUCUUUGGAAAGAUACGAGAAGAAGAUGGAGGAGGAGAAGGGGGACCUGCUCGUGCCUCAUUACGUUGUGGGCAUGCCCGGCUCCUUCUACGGGAGGCUUUUCCCGCGUAACACUGUUCACAUCUUCCACUCUAACUACUGUCUCAUGUGGCUCUCUCAGGUUCCACAAGGUCUCGAGAGUGAGAAGGGUGUUCCGCUGAACAAGGGCAACAUCUAUAUUGCGGAGAACAGCCCACCCCAGGUCGUGAAAGCAUACCAAGAACAACACCGGAGGGACUUCUCCACGUUUCUCAAAUCUCGUUACGUAGAACUAAGCAUCGGAGGGGGAAUGGUAUUAACAUUCCUAGGUAGAAAAAGCAAACACCCAGCCACUGGCGAGUUAAGUUCUCUAUAUGGACUACUCGCAGAGGCCCUUAACGAAAUGGUCUCGCAGGGAAUCGUAUCAGAAGAUAAACUGGACGCCUUCAAUCUGCCAAUAUAUACACCCUCAAUGCAGGAAGUGAAGGCAGUGAUCCAUGACGAAGGUUUAUUUGAUCUGGAACAAGCACAGAUUUUUGAGUGCAACUGGGACCCGUUCGAUGACACCGACGACGACGAUAUCGUAUUCGACAAUGUACUGAACGGGAAGAACGUGGCGAAGUGUGUACGGGCUGUGUCGGAAUCCUUGAUCGCACAUCAUUUCGGGGAUGCCAUACUCGAUGAGCUAUUCUCACGGUAUGCCGACAAGGUUGCGAGGCAUCUCCUCAAAGAGAAAACCAAGCACACCGUUAUGGUCAUUGCCUUGAAGAAAAAAGCUUGAGAGCGAUGAACGAGCAUGCACGCAAAUGAAUACAAGUAUGUAUGUAUCCUUUAAUGCAAUAAAAAUGCGUACGUGGUGAAUCACCGCAUUUG